AUGCGGCCAACCUCUCUCGCCUUGUCGCUCCUCCUCCCGGCCUUCGCCGCCGCCAAGCACCAUGGUUCCAAUGUGGUUAGCAGCUUCAAGUGGCAGCGGCCGUUGCCCUACGACAACUCCGCGCCGCUCGGUAUGAACUCGCUCUGUGAGGUAAGCCGGACCUUCCGCGGGGAGCAGCACAAGCUCCGCGACCUGCAGGCGUCCCCGGGGUCUACGACGACAUCGCCCUGGGAGGGGCCCGUGCAGACGUAUCUGGGCUGGCACCCGUACGUGGGCAGCUGGGACGGCGUCGACGAGGGGGGCGACGAGCGCGACCUCAUCAUCAUGGACUACGCCUCCGUGCCGCUCGCCGUGAGGGAGUGGGUCGAGGACCAGCACGCAGGCAGGGGCAAGAACGACCAGAGCCGCUGGUGGCUGUACGGCGUGUUCAACAGGCCAAAGAAGGACUUUGGCAAGGCCGGAGGCCUCGGCGGGGACCACAAGAUUCUCCUGUUCGCGCCCGCGGCACUCUACGAGAUCCUCCCGCUGUGGGUGGGGGAAGACAGCGACUGUGAAAUCGUGAUGCUGGAUCUCUCAAAAUACAGCGCUUUUCCGAGGGAUAACUCGGUAAUCGCAUGGCCCGUGGAACACGAGGUCCGCGAAACUAAGCGGGGGAAGAGGCAGGACUUGAGUUUCACGAUCAAGGCUUUUUAUGUCACGGAGACCGAUGAUGGGAAGGCGUGGCGGGAAAUGUGGGAGAAGCUCCAUAUCCAGAACCAGAGGCAAGCUAGGAAGGAACAGAGAGACCAAAGGAAGGCUGCUAGGGAGACGGUGGGAAGGGGCAAGGACGAGCUAUGA